AUGAAUGGCGUUUACUUGAAAAACUACAGUUUCCACAAUGCAGCUCGAUUCUGCAAAGAACUGGCAAUGAACAGACUGGAGGGCUUUGCCAUUCAAGUCUUUCAAGGGAUGAAGGCAAAAGGCUUCGAAUAUUUGACCUCGAUCGUCGACAAAGAAGGAUAUCGCCGCGUACCGUUGAUCCGAAUCGCCCAGCGAGCUGGUCUUUUUGAAUUGCUCUCCCAAGAUCUUGUGCAGCGUCAGCUCGAUAUUAUCUAUGCUGGUGGAUUAAAGAAGAGCUCUUCAAAUUUCUUCAGCCAGUCGACAAUAGUUUAUAUCCUUGGAUUGGCGACGAUGGGACUUUUUCCAGCAAUUUUCUGCCCCGAUUUCAUCAAAUUUGACAAAACAAAGUACUUUCUCAGAAAGUUCUGGCGGGACAUUUUCGGACCAGGCUAUGUAACAUUCGAAGGCGGUUCGCUCAAAAGAUUCAACAUUUCAACAACCUCCAUGACCAAAACUACUUCAAAACACCGGCCGAUUCAAAAGCAGUUCUCAAUUUCCGAAGAGUCAAACACUUCUUCCAGCCCCGACGAUUGCAUCAUCGUCUCCAAGGGCGAAAAAGUCAACCAUUCCUUUUCCGACAAAUUCCGCGACUUCCUCUACCGCUGGCUCACCUGGAACUUUUCGACAAAAGUGAUCAUGCUCAACAACCUGAUCACCGACUGCAUCAUUCUCUUCUUUCUCAUGUACCUUGCCGUGGCGAAGCUCAGCUAUCACUCGAACCAGUGGGACUUUGUUUUCAUCGCGAUCUUCGGUUGUCGGAUUUUCCACCGGUUGCGGACUUGGUUUGCCAGAAAAAUCUUCUUCGACUCUGAACACGCUUGGACAGUGCCAAUUCGAAUCGGUUUCGUCGAAAAAGUCAACAUCUUCGCGAUCUUGAUUUCCAUCCUUUUCAUAACUACGAGAUGGGAAUUUGUCAAUCAAACGCCUCGCUACGUUAUGGGCCCCCUUCUUCAAGACGACGCGAGUUUUUACAUUGGAAACUACACGAAAGACAUUGAAACAUUCCAAGCUGGGCUCGGCAAAUUGACUAGAGAGCCUAGAUCGUUCAACUACUACGAAAAACUGUACGAUGGAAUCAAAUACAUGCCCUUCCGUAGCCCUCAGAAUUUCAACAACGCGAUCAACAACUACUUUUUCGUCCUGCCGCCUUUUAUGGUCGGUUCUUUGUACAAAACUCCGCUUGGAAAUUCGACUGUUGAAGAUAGAGAGUGCAGGGGCAACAUCACUCACAGAAUGAGAAAUAACAAAGAAGACAAGGAAGAAGACUACCACUUUGCAGAGUGCUGCGAAAACAGAUCGAUUCGGACUCUUACCGACGGUCAAACGGUCAAAGAUCAAGGAACGAAUGUUGUCAUCAAGCUGCUGAAAUCAUCAGAGAACGCUACAGUUCCAAUCUGCUACUUUAGCAGAGUCAAGAAUAUUUCAUAUCUUUCAUUUGUCUGGAACGUUGUUUUUCUAAAUGAAAUGCACUUCAUAAUGUUGCUCGAAAACAACCUCCGAAAGCAUCAACAUUAUGAUUUUCUUUUCAAUUUUCAACUUGCUUCGAUUCGCCCGACUCUUUUCGACGUCCUCAAAUUUGUGCCGAUUUUUUUGCUCUUAUUCCUCGCCUAUGGAAUCAUUCAAAACAACCUUCUUUUUCCCAAUCAACAGACAGAACGGGAUGAUGUUGCUUCUUGGGUUUUCACAGAAUUUACGAAUAUCUUUAACCGGCCGUUUUUCCAUGUUUUUGGAGAAAUUUUCAUCGCAGAAACAACUACUCAUCGAUACUACCACAUCGAGGCGCCCUGCACGCAUGCUUUCGGAGACAUAAACUUGGAAGACAAAGUCCGCUGCCCAGAACGUAAUGAAAUUUCAUCCUUUAUCAUGUCGGCCUAUAUGCUGGCUACGAAUAUUGUGAUGGUGAAUAUGCUCAUCGCCAUGUUCAACGAAACGUAUUUGAAGAUGAAAAACUUUAGUCUUUUCGAGUUCGCUUGGGAAUACUGCCAUGAAGUUAACGAGCUCGAAUUUGACGCAGGUCUUGACAUUGAUGAGCUUGCUCAUUGUGGAACAGCUCUAUGGGAUGAGAUCGGAGCUCUGAUGUACGAAGACAAAUAUCCUCAUUUAGGACAGGUUCUCUUCAGCCUCUGGGAUGUAGCCGAUUGGGAUGGAAGCGGCUUGGUCGACUUUGAUGAAUUCCGCUUCGCGGAAACCAUGCUUGCCGGUGUUUACGCUCUUGUCGCUUUCGACCGACACGAUCGCAACGGAGAUCGAGAUUUGGACCUUGACGAGGUUUCUGAGUUCGAACAUGACCUGAUGCCCGAGGGCGAGGAGUUCGGUAAUGAGAGAGCAAAAACCUUUCACGAACUCUGGGAAGAAGCAGAGCUGUUCGGCGGCUACGAGAAAACUUACAUUCCCGAGGUUGCCCUCUUCUUCCUUGAACUCUGGCGAAUGGUGUUUGACAAUUAA